AAAAAAAUCUAUGGAUAGCUCGAUGGCAACUUUUGUCAAACCAUAAAAAAGCCUUAUUUAUUAUUUUAGUAAAACGCAUUUAGGGGAUGGAAUUUUUUGGGUAUACUGUGUUAGGUCCUCAAAACUAUAUUAAAGAUAUUAUGAGGAAUGACUACCAUGAGCCUAUGAAAAAGGAAGAUGUAAAAAAAAUAAUGGAAAAAGUGGAACACGAUUCUACAAUGCCAGAAAUGAUUAAAAGACCAGAUGUUAACACAAUCAGACUAAUUGAUUGUUAUAUUGGAAGAGUAAAUGGAUUUGCAUACGGUUCUUACCAAACAUUUGUUAAAAUGAAGCGAAAAGGAGUUAUUAAGCCAACUGGGCCCUCUGAUAUUUACAGAUUACCACCGACAACAUCAGUUGAGUAUGGAUGGUGGCAACAUGAUCCGGAAUUAAGUAAUGCGACUUGGUGUCAAACUUGUCCAAGAUAUCCGCAACCCACUUCUCCAAACACUCUUAUUCUUGACGUUGUACGAAAGAAUAACAAAUAUGCUACUUUAUUCUGAUCUCAAGAUUUUUUCGUUUUUAAAUAAAG